GAGCCCCGGCCCCGAGGGGAUGGAGGCGCCGGCGGCGGCGGCGGCCGGGGGGGGCGCGGGCCCCGCCGGCAGCAACGUCCCCGCCUUCCUCACCAAGCUGUGGACCCUGGUGGAGGAUCCCGACACCGACCCGCUCAUCUGCUGGAGCCCGAGUGGAAACAGCUUCCAUGUGUUUGACCAAGGCCAAUUUGCCAAGGAGGUGCUUCCAAAGUACUUCAAACAUAACAACAUGGCCAGCUUCGUGCGUCAGCUCAACAUGUAUGGCUUUCGAAAGGUUGUCCACAUUGAGCAGGGUGGUUUGGUGAAGCCAGAGAAGGACGAUACUGAAUUUCAACAUCCGUACUUCAUCCGAGGCCAGGAGCAGCUCCUGGAGAAUAUCAAGAGGAAAGUAACCAGCGUCUCCAGUAUAAAGAAUGAGGAUAUAAAGGUUCGUCAAGACAAUGUAACCAAGUUACUGACUGAUGUCCAGAUGAUGAAAGGAAAGCAAGAGAGCAUGGAUUCCAAAUUGAUAGCAAUGAAACAUGAGAAUGAGGCAUUGUGGAGGGAAGUGGCCAGCUUGAGGCAGAAACAUGCCCAGCAGCAGAAAGUCGUCAAUAAGCUUAUCCAGUUCUUGAUUUCAUUGGUGCAGUCAAACCGUAUCCUUGGGGUGAAGAGAAAGAUCCCCCUGAUGUUGAACGACAGCAGUUCAGCACAUUCCAUGCCUAAAUACAGUCGACAGUACUCCCUGGAGCACGUCCACGGUUCAUCCCCAUACGCAGCUUCUUCCCCGGCAUACAGCGGUUCCAAUCUGUACUCCCCGGAUUCUUCAGCCAACUCUGGUCCCAUUAUCUCCGAUGUGACGGAGCUAGCCCAGUCCAGCCCCUCAGCGUCCCCCAGUGGCAGUCUCGAUGAAAGGAGCAGCCCUGUGGUCCGUAUCAAAGAAGAGCCUCCCAGUCCCACCCCCAGCCCCCAGAUAGAGGAGGCCAGCCCUGGGAACCCUCCUGCUGUUGAAACCCCUCUGUCUCCCUCCACCUUCAUUGACUCCAUCCUCCAGGAGAAUGAACCCAGCACCACGGCCGCUGCCAGCGACAACACCACGCAGCCUCAGCCCCCAGAAAAGUGCCUCAGCGUUGCCUGCCUCGACAAUUUGACUCGCACUCCGCAGAUGUCAGAAGUCACUCGUCUUUUCCCCAGUUCUUCCUCUUCCUCACUUCAUUGCAGAUCACAGCAAGGGAACGAGCUAAAUGACCAUCUGGAUACCAUUGAUUCCAACCUGGAUAACCUCCAAACCAUGCUGACCACGCACGGCUUCAGUGUAGACACUAGUGCUCUGCUGGAUCUGUUUAGCCCUUCAAUGACGGUUACAGACAUGAACCUUCCUGACCUGGACAGCAGCCUUGCAAGUAUCCAGGAUCUCCUCUCAUCCCAGGAACAGCAGAAACCUGCUGAGACAGAGGCCAGCACCGCAGACAUGGGAAAGCAGCUGGUGCACUACACCGCUCAGCCCCUCUUUCUGGUGGACUCGAGCGCCGUCGACAUGGGGAGCGGAGACCUGCCCAUCUUCUUUGAGCUGGGGGAAGGACCAUAUUUCACCGAUGGCGAGGAGUACUCGGAAGACCCCACCAUCUCUCUCCUGUCGGGGACUGAGCAGUCCAAACCCAAGGACCCUGCCGUAUCCUAAGGCUGAGUGCGAGAAUACGCUCUAAAGGGAAAUCCAGCCACCAGCCUCCUUGCUUUGCACAGACAUUGAAAGCUCUAAACACCCUUCGGUCCAUGUUUGCUUCCCCCAGCACUGUGAGGAUUUCAUUUGUGUGUGUGCUUAAUGAGGUGUUUUGAAAUCUGCUUUAGAUUCUAGCCACCCGGUAUAGUGCUCCUCCAGGCUGGCAGUCUCGGGGGCUGAGCCGUGCCGACCCCUGUGCUGUGGUUGUCAUCCGACUGGCCAGACAGGCAGCGGGGCUUGGAAGUGCAGGCGGGAGAUCUGGGUGGUCACAGGAUAGCUAGUCACUACGUGAGAUUGUGUUUCGUUCUGCACCCCAGGCGACGGGGGUGGCCAUGCCCUGCACACGGUCCCAACAGUUAGCAAAGGUCGGCAGGCACUUCGUCCUUGCCAUGGAGACGGGGCGUGGCGGCAGGGCCGCACGAUGCUCCCGGGCAUGUAGAGGGGUUGUGGGUUUGCGGCGGGGAAUAUCCCCUCCCCCCAGUGAGGUGGACAUGGUGUUUUUUAAAGCUGGCGCUGAUGGGCUGGGUCCCUUGGUGGUCUCUGCCACGCAGUUCGCUCCCUGCUGCUCUGCGUGUGCGUGGCAGGGCCCCUCGGCUCCCCCAGCCCAGCCACGGAGAAGCCGAACUUCCUCUUUUCUUUUCUCUUGCUCCGUGUGUGUUUCUUUUCUUUGUGUUGUUUUUUGGUUUGGUUUGGUUGUUUUUGCUUAGCAGUAAAAAUUUGUACAUUUACACUUCAGAUUGUUAAUAGUAAAAACUGUAUUUUGGAUUUUUACAUGAGAGAAGAAGCUCCCACUUCUAUCUAUCUAUCUAUCUCUGUAUAUAUAAAUAUCUAUAUAUAUACAUACAAAUAUCUAUAAAACAAAUGGCCUCUCACCUGGCGGCUCCUCUGUGGUCGAAAGCUUUAUUUUUGUCCUCUGUGUUGGGGGAGUGAAGCUGGCGGAGAAGGUCCUAGGCACUAGCCGUGGUCCUGAGAGCUGCUUGGCUUCCCCUGUAACUGCCCUUUGCAGCCCUGGACGCUGACGCGUGGGCCUGGCUCCAGGUGCUGGGUGCUCUGCCUUUGGAGCAGCAGCUUGAGCUGCUACCACCCUGUCCACAAGAGCCGACAUUCCUGCUUCCAGCUUCAGCAAAAGAAAACAGCAGAUGCCGAAGUCAGGUUUCUCUUGCACAUCUCAGCAGAGCAGGGGAUGGCUCCAGGUUUGGGUGACAGACGAUCUGGGGUUUAUUUUUAUUUUAUUUGGGGGGGGGUCUUUAAAUUCCGUGUUGUGGUUUCCCUGCUGAGAUCCCACCCCAGGUUUAAGGGCUGAAUUUUCAAGGAUGUUUCUGUUUUCGAGCCCAUUGGGGGUGAGCGUGCAGCUCAGCCCAUGUCGAUGUGCCAGACGUGUGUUGGACACUUGCACGCCUCUGAGGAGUGCUUUUUUAAUAAGAACAAUAAAAGAAAAAUUGCAUUGUUAA